CGACAGAAGAAGAUGUGACGCUGGUGGUUUGAGUUUUUUCCCCUCCGAACUCACGGAUUAACUUUAAGAAUGAAGUUACGUGCGUUCGUCUUCGUCUGGUGUUAUUUACUGUGGAGGGUUCCGAGCACAGAGGCGUCAGAUAAGACCACACAGACAUCACUUGAGCCCAUCAUUUCAGUCCCUGGAAAGGAUGUCACCCUCCCGUGUCGGCUUGACGUUCCCCUCAACAUUUCACAAGUUUUGGUUAUGGAGUGGCAGAAGAUUGACGUGGAUCCUCCAUCAACUGUGUAUGUUUACCGCCGUGGUGAAGAGCUGCUGAAGGAGAAAGCAAAGACUUAUCAUGGGAGGACCAAGUUAUUGACAGAUGGUUCUUUGAUGCUGUCCAGUGUCCAGUUGCCGGACAAUGGCACCUACAGGUGUGACGUUCUUAGAGGGCAUAGACGGGAAGAAAUGAAGAACUCAUUUGUCGCUCUCUUUGUUGCAGAGUCAUCCGACGUGGUUAUCACGGUUUCCCUAACGUCAGAUUCUAAGACAUUCCUCUGCGAGUCCAGAGGUUGGAACCCAAAACCAACAGUCACUGUACUGAACGGCCGACGAGGCGUCCUUCCCGCUGAGAGGAACGUGUAUGUUGAACGUGACAACCGCUAUGCUGUCCAAGCACGCCUGGAUGUGGCAGCUGCUAGAGGAACCCUAAACGAAAAUAUAACCGUGAUCUGUAGGGUGGCAGUACCGGGUCUAGCCAAAGAAAACAUCAUCCGUUUCCAUGAUGAAUCAAAGCCGGAGGACGUGGGGUUUGUUAUUUGGCCACCGUGGAGCAUCGUCACAGUCAUAUUUUUUGUUCUUAUCAUUAUCAUCAACAUCAUCCUUCUUGCGGCUUUUGUGUUUAAUGCCAGGCUUCGCUCAUCACUAUGGCGUUGGAAAGAUUUGGCCAUCGCAUGGAUCAGAAAUAAGAGCUGCAUUCGUGAUACGGAAUUAAACACCAUUGUGUCCUCAGAGAGAAUACUUCAAAAUAGUGACUCAUACACAGAACAUGGAGACAUCAACCAGAUGAGGACCUCAGGAGCUUCUGAAGACACGGCAAAAGCACACUCCAUGAGUGGUCAAGGAGUUGCCGUCUCCAACAGGCUUGCACAGAAACACUGUCAGAACAUGGAGAAGUACAAAAGUGACAUCAUCGACGUAGGAAAGCAGUUGAACGUUCACCCCGCUUUGGUCGCCGCCAUCAUCUCCAGACAGUCCGAGGCUGGAGGCAAACUGAGAGCCGAUGGAUACGGACAGCAAGAUCCUAACUGUUUUGGUCUCAUGCAGAUCAAUAAGCUUUAUCACCCGGUGAAAGGUGGACCAUUCGGCAGGGAUCACAUCGACCAAGGAGUCACCUUCCUCAUCCAGUUCAUGAAGAAGAUGAAGGUGAAGAGACCGCAGUGGAAUGCAGAGGAGCAGCUGAAAGGAGCAUUGGCGUGCUACGUUGCAGGGGACGAAACAGUUCUUAGUUUGCCGGAAGACAACAAAGAUGCAGACCACAUGACCCCUUACGGGGACUUUUCCAACGACGUGCUCGCCAGAGCGCAGUGGUUCAGCCGCAACGGUUAUCAAUAAGUGCCUCAUUUCAAGUUUGUUUUCUGCUGCCUUGCUGCAGAGGUUAUCGGCAGCAGUUGUUUACACGUGUGUUAUUUACUCUUGACAAUGUAGAUUUCAGUGUUACGUCCAAGUUUCAAGUCAUCACGAACCCUAAAUUUCAAAGUUAAUGUUAAACAAAGUUGCAGCUGUCACACCUUGGUGCUUUAGCCAGAGUAUGGAGACGUAUUAAAAAUAUGCCAGAUACAUCUAACAAGUUAUGGGUAAGUUUUGUAUGAGCACGCUGGUAUACGUUGUAGUACGGCGAGUUCAACAAAAAAAAUUGGGCAUGCACAACAUUUUCAAUGCAUGCCAGAAUACGUGUCAUAUGUCCUGCACAAGUUGUAGGUUAGUUAAGCGAUUUUUGACAAGUUAUUCAUAAGUCGAAAUACGUCCAUUGAUUAGCUGAACAGCUGAGAGCUGCAGUCCUCAUGUGAACAGUUCAGACUGUUACAAAUAUUAAAACCAUUCGCACACGGAAUAACUCUAAAGCCUUAAUCUUUCCUGUUACACCAUUUCAGUCAGAUUCAUCAUCACAGCCUGACGAAAACAUAUUCACAUGAAGUGUCCUGAUUUUGGAAAACGAUGUCUGAAAAUACUUUAGUUCCUUGUCGAAGAAAUGUAGCAUUUCAAAAGAAGUCCCUCUGUUUUGUCUGCUCCCGGUGCGUUUCUCAGCCUGAACCAGAGAACGUCGGCGCUUUUUAAAAGUUGCGCCUCAUUCAUUCACGUCAGUGUUUACCACAGGCAUCAGUCAACUCUUCAGCAGUCUGCACACGAUGAAAAGUAAAUUCAAUGAUCCACCAAGACAAAAAUAAAAUGCACUUUAAAAAAAUGUUGUUUGGCCUCCGUGUGGAGGGGCAAGGCCGUGCAUGUCAUGCUCCGCCUACCAGACUAAAGGAUUCUGUUGACCUACUUUUUAUUUCAGUCACAUGAAUAUAAAAAAAAAAAAAAAAAAAGCUUACAUUUUUUCUUCACAUUUUGAAAUAAGUUAUGAAAAUGCUGAAGAAAAGCAGUGCAAUAAAUCUGAAAACAGAUCAUGUUCCGUGAGUCACACUAAUUUAAUCCCCCUAUUCAGUUUUUACAGGGAAACUUGAAGUUAUGAAAUGUGUAACUUGAAGUUAUGAAAUGUCUAAAGUUACUGGAUCACUGGAAAAAUGAGUUUAUAUUGUGUUUUCAGCUUGAAAAACAGGUGAAUAAUUAUCAGUAUGGGAAUGUGUCAGUAUAGGAAUUAAGUGAAUCCUGCAAGUACAUCAUUUUAUACUAAAUACUCGUACUUCACAUUUUCAUAAUUAUCCAAGUAUUUAUUCAGAGAGCACUCUUGUUACGCUUUUACAUGACUGUUUUCAGUAUUGCCUUUAGCACUUAAAUUAUUCUUUGGAGGAGAAAAAGUACUUUAUAAACUGUGAAAUGUUUUAAGAGAGCAAAGUUGUAAAUAUUUUGUGUCUAGUCAUGCAAAAGCUAAGAAAAACUGUUUCAUACAUGCUGGCAGCCUUUGUAAAACAUUAUGCAUCACAUAGUCGACAUGUUUAACAUUCUUAGAGUCUGUUGUGUCCCAAAUAUCGGGAGUUUUUGCACAUUUUAAGAGAUUUCUUUAGUCAUCCGUUCUUAAAUUGGUGCGGAUUAACUGUUAUGGGGGAUGAAGUUACAAGAAAUUAUAAAUGUACAGGUGUAGAAUUAUGUGAAUAAACGUCUGAAAUGUCCUUUGUGACUGAAAAAAAAUUGCAGUUAAAGUUGUAGAAGUUUAAAACUGUAGUAUUGACUGAGGUAGAUCAACUUUUUGUGAGUGUGAACACUUUAAUGUGCUCAUUUGUUUAUGAAAACUGAACAUGAUGUAUUAUUUUAUAUCUUACUGUCAUUUAUUUCACUGCUGUGUGGCAGCUCAGUAUCAUUUCUAAGAUGUAAGUGUACCCCCCCCCCCCCCCCAUACACACACACACACAGUGAAAAUCAUGUUUUAAAUUGUAAUUUACGCCAAAGAGAUGAAUCACAUCUUCAUGAGGUGAAUUAAAGAAAAACUGUGUUUAACUUCAUGACCCACGUCAUUUGUAUCGUCUCUGAUGUGACGACUUGCUGAGUUUAUGCUUGCGUGAAUUCCGCUGCGGUAGCCCACAGGCACAAAACACCUCACUGUACAACACAAA